AUGAGUAAACUACGUAUUGCAAUUAUUGGUGCUGGUCCAAGUGGUCUUUCACAAUUAUUCGCAUUUAAACAAGCUGAACAAGAAGAACGAAUUGAACUUGUCUGCUUUGAAAGACAAUCAGAUUGGGGUGGUUUAUGGAUUUAUACAUCUCAGAUUGGUAUAGAUGCUCAUGGUGAACCAGUUCAUUCGAGCAUGUAUCGACAUCUUUGGUCGAAUGCUCCGAAAGAACUCAUUGAAUAUCCUGACUAUACAUUCUAUCAUCAUUUUGGUUGUUUUCUUCCAUCGUUCUUACCGCGUGCUCUCAUUUACGAUUAUUUAACUGGUAGAGCUAAAGCUAACAAUCUUCGACGAUACAUUCGUUUUAACACAGCUGUUCGUCAUGUUGAUUUCGAUGAUGACAAAAAUGAAUUUAAUGUCGAGGUCGAAAAUCUGAAUACUGGCUCAACAGAAUAUCUGUCAUUUGAUCGGGUCAUUGUAGCAGUUGGGCACCAUCAUGUACCGAACAUGAUCAAUAUCGAUGGAGUAGAUCAAUUUCCGGGUCGAGUCCUUCAUUCACAUGAAUUUCGUGGUGCGGAUGAAUUUGUGGGCCUUAAUCUAUUAAUUAUUGGUGGUAGCAUUUCUGCAGAAGAUAUCGCAUCCGAAUGUUACAAAUUCGGUGCUCAAUUAGUGAUAAUCAGUUCUCGUGAGGAACCUAUUGGUUAUAAAUGGCCAGCUGAAAUUAAAACUGCACCUAUAUUAGUUCGUAUGGAAGGUCGAAAGGCUCAUUUCAAAGAUGGUUCGAGUGUUGAUAAUAUUGAUGCUAUUAUCUUUUGUACUGGUUAUCGUCAUUUUUAUCCAUUCAUGGCCAAACGAUUUCGUUUACAUUGUGGUGUAGCUGAAAUCAUCCCGCCGAGUCUUUACAAAACCAUCUUUUGGAUUGAUCAACCAUAUCUCGCCUAUUUAGGUGCUGCAAAGUACCUCUAUCCAUUCUCUCUAUUUGAGCUACAAACAGCACUUGUACGUGAUGUGUUUCUUGGUAAUGUUAAAUUGCCUGAGAAAGAUCAAUGGCAAGCUGAUCUAAAUGAAUGGAAAAAACGAGAAAAAGCGAUGGUACCUUUCGAUAUUCUCGUUUGGGCUGAUUUAGAACUUGAUUAUAUGCGUGAUAUGCUUGCUCUAUUACAUACACAUGAUGGGAAUCAACCGUUAUCAAAUUUCGAUUUCGAUAAAGCUCAAAAAUUGCUAAAAAAAUAUUCCGAAAAUAAAUUAGUUGAUAUAUUGGGUUUUCGUGAUAUAUCCUACGAAUCUACUGCCGGUAUGGAAAACACAAAACUCGUCCAAGUCUGCAAACCAUGGCUUGAAAAUAUGGAUGAUACAAUAGAAAGUUUUCUAAUUAAUUAUCGAGAGAAAUUAUAA